CGAACAUUCAACCGCGACAAAGACAACAACCACAAGCUAUAGAGGCAGGGCUAGCUAUAGAGGCAGGCAGGCAGGCGGAGAGGCAAGAGAGAAGAAGAGCAUUGCCAUGUCAGAAGAUCUCGCAGAGGAUCUGUUUGGAGAUGAGGCAGAGACUGUCACUCAGUCACAAGCUACAGAGUCUGCAACCCAACAACCAGCACUCGACGUAUCUAUGGUAGACAGCGCCGAGCCGUCACAGGCGCAUACACCCGCAGACGAUGCAGCGGAUCUUGAUUUAUUUGGUGACGAAGAGGAACAAGUAGGCGAAGCAGCAGCAACAGGAACAGGAUUUGUUGUGCCGGACGAAGACGGUGAAGAGGGCGAGGGUGACGGCGAACAGGCUGAACCUGAAGUCGACGUCAAGGCAUUCACCGUACCGCUUGUUCAACGGCCUCGUGGUAUGCCUUUGAUUCCUGGCACAGACAAGGACCAAGACCUUGUCUUGACAAAGCUUCCGAACUUCUUGCGCAUUGCAGCAGACGCGUAUGACCCAGAACAGCUCGUCAAUGAGAUUCAGGCAGAUAUCGACAGUGGCGACUUGUCUGGGCAUGAACAGAUUCGCCGCAAGACGCUGAGAGUCGAUAAUACUCUACGUUGGAAGGAACCAGACGAUGAAGAGGCAGCGACGCGCUCCUCGAAUGCUCGAUUUGUACGCUGGUCGGAUGGUAGUCUCAGUCUACAAGUGGGUGAGGAGAUGUUUGACUGUCGCAUCAAGUCUAUUCCCUCUGAGCACAACUACCUCACACUCAUGCAUCCGGAAGAAGGACUCUUGCGGAUGCAAGGCAAGUUUGCCACAUCCCUCAGUAUCCUACCUUCCGGACUCGCCUCAAAAUCGCAUGCCGACUUGAAGGCCGAUAUCGCACGUCGUCAGCAAUCAAGCAAGAACCGCGGCGUCAAGGAAUUCAACACCUCAGCCGACCCGGAGGCACUCUCGCGAAACGCAGCAAAAGCAGAAGCAGAUCGUAUCAAGGCACGGAAACGCCUUGAAACGCAAAAACAACGUGCAUUGGGACGGUCGGGCGAUGGCCGAAUGGGUAGUCGUCUCACGGCGGCUGCACUCGAUGAUAACUCAGAUGAAGAACUCGGUGUUGGUAAUAGAAGGAAUCUGGAUCGCUACGACGACGACGAUGGGUUCAUUGAAAACGAUGAGGAUGAAGAGGAGGAGGAAGCCGGGGCUGAACGACUGCAAGCGCUCAAAUCUAAGGGUGCUGAAGCGUAUGCGUCGCGAAAGCGUAAAGUGUCUGAAGAUCCGUUGGAUCGUGCAGAAGCAGCGCUGGAAGGCGAACGUGCCGGUCGGUCCUCUGAGGAAGAAGCCGCUGAGAUGACGGACAAGGACGAGCCAAAGAAGCAGGAGGAGCAGAGCAAAAAGAAGGCACGGCGGCUGAUCUUUGACUCUGACGAUGAUGACGAGUAGGGUGUCGGUCCGUCAAUGAUCACCUCAAUCGUGCACUGGCUGUCUCUUGGCAGGUGUUGGCCAGGUAGAGAUGAUGUGACUGAUGGCUUUAUCCAUCGCCAGGCUACUAAUGGGCUCAUUGUCAUCCACACGCCGUAGGUGGAAUGGAUUGAGGACUGCCCUGAUGUAGGCUGCGUGGAUACGAGUGAGCACGCUCUUGACCAUACUCUCACUAAUCAACAACUCUGUCUCCUGUAUCGCCAAGACGAUCUUGAUGUGCGUAUUCGUAAGGAGUCCAUACAGCGAGACUCGAGGGUAUGCAGUGAGUAGCCCAAAGUAGCUUUCUUGAGGUUUUGCAGCAGUGCUUGCAUUUUGUAAACGCUCGUAAAAGACGUCGCAUGCA